UUCAGAUGUUGAACUUCCUCAGUGUCUUCAUUGCGGGACAGUGGAGUGUGUGGACAUUAUCACAUCUGUGUUGUGAGUGUCAAUAACGAAAACACGGAUGACAUGUGUGUGUUGAGCCGUGACAACUGAGCACACCUGCACUACAGACCUCGGUUUAGAAUGAAGUGUCCUGAAUGCAGUCACGAGUCUUUAGACAAGGCUCCCAGAUUCUGCAGCGCGUGCGGUUGUAAGAUGAUGUCAGAGUCACGUGACACAGCGCCGGCUAAAGCACAAGACGAGUCUCAAUCAUCCUCAAACAUUGACACCGAUGCAGCAAAAACUGAUCUCAGACCUGAGUCUGAAGAGCUGGAUCUCCAGAACGCCAAUGUUUCUCCGAAGCGUCCGAAUGAAGACGCCCUCCCGUGCCCAAAGAAGAAGAAAAGAAAGAAAAAGAAGAAAAAAGCUGGUGUUGGAGAGGAGCCUUCGUCUCUGACCUCUGAACUCUCUGAUAUAUCUCUGAAUGAUAAAGAGAAGAAAAUGGAGGAAGACCAGUCUUCUGACAGUGAUGGCUCUCACUGCACCGUAGAGGACAUGCCUAAAACUGAAACCUCUGGCGUCUCGGCUUCAGACGCUGGGAAAGCUCAGUCUGACAGUGGUUGUGUAACGCCUGGAGCGGCUGAGGAGCUGAUCAACACCAGCACUUCUCCACCAGUGUCAGAACAGGCAGAGAAGGAGAAAACGGCACAGAAGACUAGAUCCACAGGAGCACAAACUGCUCUCGAUCAGAAUGCUAGUAUGGACCAGAAUGCAAACAUAAAGAGCGGUCAAAUGGAGACGGGUCAUCAGGACGAGGAACAGGCCAGUCAACAGAAGAUCACAGAGUCUGGGAAACACAAUGAAAGUGGGGAAGCAGAAACCAACAAAGAGGUUCAGCCAGUUAAAACAAAAAAAAAUCAGAAGAAUGAACCACAGAAACCGUCACAGGAAAUGGUAUUUGGCCCACAGAGCAAAUCCAAGAAUGCUGCCUCCAGUGGAGAUCCAGUGAAGGUGGAGCAGAGUGAGAAGCAGAAGUCUGCUCGUUCUGACCAGAAAACUGAACCUGACAAUGAAAGUGGGGAAACAGAAACCAAUAAAGGAGUUCAGCAAGUUUCAUCUAAAAACAAAAAAAAUCAGAAGAAUGAACCACAGAAACCAUCACAGGAUGUGGCAUCUGGCCAGCAGAGUAAAUCAAAGGUAAACAAAAAUUUAAUAUAUAUAUUUUUUUGUUCUGGUUCUCAAUUUUGAUUGGCUGAGAGCCUUUUCCAGGUCUGUU